GCGCUGAUGGUCUCUGGUUUGGAGGAUUUUAUCAUUAAUGGGGAAACUUCAACCACACCUCAGUGAUCUGGAAACACAGAGUCAUUUCACCCUCAGCUCUCCUCCGCACAAGAGUCGCUUCACUCCAGCCGCUCACUGGGACUCUCGUUUACCUCAAGACUCAUCUGUAACCGCUCUGCCUCAUAUAAACCCCACAGUCCUACAGAAUCAACUGGAAAUAAGGGGUCUUGAAUAACUGAAGGAAUAAGGGGUCUUGUAUAGACUUAAAGCAAAGACAUCAACAAGGAUUCUGUCAGUGAUCAGGACAGAGGUUCUUGGACGAGCCACAGCUUCUAUCGCUGGGUUGAGGAUUAGAUUCUCCCUCUUUCUCGUCUGUAACCGGCCUGCAGGGUGGCGAGAGAGAGGGGGGAACCCAACCGGUGCAUGCCGGAGAUGAGUGCGUUCUGGCAUAAGAUCGGCUGCUGCGUGGUAGCCAAACCUCCCCCGAAAAAGAAACGAAGGAGAAUUGACCGGAGCAUGAUCGGAGAGCCCACAAACUUCAUUCAUCUGACACACAUAGGCUCUGGUGAAAUGGCAGAUGGCAUGCAGCCGUCUGGCCCGAUACAGGAACAAAUGAGAUCCAAAGUGCCUCAUGCUAAUGGACGAAACAGCUUGUUAUAGCCCCUUCACCUGCUUUUUAGUUUUUUACCCGAAGCCCUGUUAAGUGUCCUCAGCAGAGCCUGUGCAGCUAGCAGCACUGCACCAGUGACGAGGAGAUAAAGCGCAUAUCCUGGUCACAAAAACGACAACCUCCUUGCUGCAGCUACCAACAUGCAGGUUUUUGUUUUGGAUCCUCAGGAAUGUCUCAGAUGAGAUAUUUCAACACCCCCCUCCCCCACCUCACUCUAAGACUGUUAUUAAAUUUGGACCAGAUUAUAUGAGAACUCCUGAUAAAGAGUGUGAAUGUGUGCCGUGUGCAUUUGAGACACUGGCUGUGCUUGCUGUGGAAGAGGAAAGGCACUUAUCGCUUUAACACAGUGGACUAUUUGACUGUCUUCCCAAAGUUAUAACUGGCAUGUUUGUCAUAGUCUGUCAUUGAUAAGGGUGUGCGCAAGUGUGUGUUUGCUUUUGUUUUGUAAUGGAAAUGUAUGUGCACCAAUACCAUUAUAGUGUCCCCAAC